UUAAGAAGCGCUAAGAAGAGAAUGAAAUAGGUGCUGUUUUAAGUACAAACUUUGCUAAGUUUGCAUUUUGAAUACAUUUUAUAGUUCUGUUUGGGUUUCCAUUUUGCUCAAAUUCCGCUUUUUCAUUUUUGGCCAGGCCAAUGUUUUGAAUUGAUGAUCUCUUGUUUGGUUGAAAAUUUCCUACUGCCCUAGGUUGUGUCAGCUGCAAAUCAAUAAUUGUUCGACAAAGCAAAACAUCCCCUAUGUUAUGAAACACAACCCUAACCCGUUUUUUUAUGUCACAUCAGCCUAAGUAAAUGGAUGCCUAUGCAUAUUUUUAUGACUUUCAGAGAGCAGACACUUGUUAAAACGAGAAACUUUACUUCGCUUAUUGCUUUGCAAAGCAUUUUAAGAAAUUUUGUGUCAAAUUAUAGGUGCUUGUUAAAUUUUGUGUAUAUUUAUAUUAGAAGUUUUGAAUUUUAAUUUCACACAACGCAAAUUGUAUAUGCUGUAUAAAUACCGAAUUUGUACAGGAAACAGUGGAGACUAAGAACAUUUUUAGAGAAAGUAUUGACUAGAGAUUGUACGAGAUCUUUGCAUAUAUUGUAUAAUUGUAUGGGGUGGGAAGGGUUCAUUGUUGAGAACAGAAAUUUUUAAGUUGUUAUUUGCUUGUUUUUAUUUAAAACUCUUGCCUGUUGGUAAAACAAAAGGGACGAGGAAUAUUAGAAAACAGUCCAAUUUUGAUGGAUAUUGUCAAGGUUAGACAUUCAAGAAGUUUGUAGUACUUAUCAGCUGACGAGGAUCAUAACAUUUUCAUUUCAAAUCCCAAACUAACUACUUGGUGUUCAGCAUUGUUGCUGCAGGGCACACAAUUCGAAAAGUGAAGAACACAUUUUUAAUGAGUGACUUAAACAAAUUUAUUCAAAAAGUUGUCUUCAAGGGAUACCAAUUUCAAUGUUGCCAUAAUUGCUUCAGUACUCAUCCGUCUCGCAAGUUCUGUGCUAGGAUUGUGUUUUUAGAUUUGCGUAAAAAGAUAAGAGGAGUCAUUUACCUGGACAUUUAACCAAACUGAUGAAAGCGUGGAUCAAAUGUGAAAACUUGAUAUAUAGUUGUUUGGGGAUAAGUAUUUACUUUAUUAGUCUAUUUAAUGCCUAGGCAUGGAUUGGAUGAUAUCCGUGUUGUGUCUUUGUGGCACGAACAGUACUGUCUCCUACGCUACAGCUUUUGUAUGCUCAAAAACCUGAUAAAGCAAUCAGAUGAUAAUAAAUCUUGUGCUUUUAAACGUUAAAUUGAUAGCAAAGCGCUUUCCUGUUUUCUAUAGACACCCACCACCCAGGGGUUUAAGAUUUGACUGUUUUGCAAAUCUAGGAAACUCUGGAUCGUUGCCAGGGCAUGAGACGAUGCACGUUUGUCACCACAUUCUGUCUGAUGUAAUCAAGUAAAAUUAUUUGGUAACUAUUACUCAUAAGAAUCGUUUUAUCAAAGAACCGAGAUAGCAAAUGGCGGAAAAUUGAUGCAACUUUGGCACUUGUCAUUAUUUAUAACUCUACCACCUUAACUAAACGUGUCUCCUUAACUUUGGACAGCAAGGAAAAAAAUGGUCGACGAAGCUACAAAGAAAACUUUAGCAGCAAUUCCGUUGUUGCGGACAAAAGCUGGGCCUAGGGACGGAGAUGCUUGGGUAACAAGGCUAAAGGAAGAAUAUCAAUCCUUGAUCAAGUAUGUGAGUAAUAACAAAGAACAAGAUAAUGACUGGUUCCGAUUAGAAUCAAACAAAGAAGGAACCAGAUGGUGGGGCAAAUGCUGGUAUAUGAGUAACCUACUGAAGUAUGAGUUUGCUAUAGAAUUUGAUAUACCCGUUACCUAUCCAACUACAGCACCAGAAAUAGCUAUUCCAGAACUUGACGGGAAAACCGCGAAAAUGUACAGGGGUGGAAAAAUAUGCCUAACUGAUCAUUUCAAGCCCCUGUGGGCAAGAAAUGUGCCAAAAUUUGGAAUUGCUCAUGCUAUGGCAUUAGGGUUGGGACCAUGGCUUGCUGUUGAAAUUCCUGAUUUGGUAGAAAAAGGAAUAGUUGUUCACAAGGAUGAUCAGAAAUAAAAUGUAUAAUAAUUUAUGUAAUUUAUGGAUAAUAAUUUCAUCGAA